CGAGGACUGAUUCCGAGGAUCUGUGUCUGGAGAUUAAAACGCAGAAAUUCUCUGAAAUAUAAAUAGGCUGACAUAUGCUGAUGGUCUGUCUAGAGACCAAAGAUCAAGUAUACACAAUCGGCCUAAAUCAUGCCAGGAACAGUAACUAUCAAUACGGACUUUUUACUUUUUGACCUUGACGGUACUUUAGUCAAUUCCAAUGAAGCAGUUGAGGCUACUUGGCAUGAUGUAAUCAAGGCCCAUAAUGAAAACCAAAAAGGAUUGCCACCGCUUGAUCCAGUAACGUUUUUGAAAUCCUCGCAUGGAUCACGAACUUCGGAGAUUUUUAAGCGAUACUUCCCUUAUUUUGCAAGCUCGACUGAAGAUAUUAAUAAUUUUGAACAAGGUAUUGUCACUAAUUAUGGACAUUUUGCUAAGCCAGUGAAUGGUUCUACAGAGUUAUUAGAACAAAUCAACAAGAAUCAUCAUGAACAGUGGGCAAUUGUAACGUCUGGUACUUUUAAAUUAGCUCAUGGAUGGGUUGAAAAAGUGUUUCCAAGUGUUACUAAGCCAACAGUGUUCAUUACUGCGAAUGACGUUAAUGAUGGGAAACCAAACCCUGAAGGAUAUUUGAAGGCCUUCCAUACGUUGGUUAAGUCUAAGAAGGGAACUCCAGAGGAAAAACAAGCAAUUGUUUUUGAAGAUGCCCCCACUGGAAUCAAGGCUGGGGUCAAUGGUAAAUUUGUCGUCGUUGGAAUUGCGACUACAUUUUCGAAGCAAGUUCUUCUUGAUGCUGGUGCCACUUACGUUAUUGAAGACUUAAGUCAAGUACGCUUGAUUAAUGACCAUAAAGGUUCAAUCGAAAUUUCAUUGAAAGUUUUAUAGAAUUAUAUAUUGAUAUAGAAUUAUAUAUUGAUAUAGAAUUAUAUAUUGAUAUAAAG